AGACGACCGCGUCAUCUACGUCGUUGCUGACGACUUGCAAUUAUCACUCCUCUUCCAUCAUCAUCAUCAUCAUCACCACCAACAUCACUACCAACACCAAUACUGCGAAGAAAUGGAAGCUGUGAAUCUAUUUCCCCGGCAGACGACCAACAACAACACCAACAAUGACGAUGAUCUCGGCGACGAUUGUUUCGUCAAUUCCUUCGGCCAAGUGCGAUGCUACGAUAGCACAUGGGACAGUUGGGCGCGAUGGCUCGUCCUAGGACUCGUCAUUCUCGCCGGUCUUUUGCUUUUCUUCUCCUUCAGCUGCAUCACCGCGCGCCGCCGGAGAAAGAUGGGGUACCAGCCUUACAGGGGCACGGGCUGGGCUCUAGGACGAACACCUCCAGGACAUGCACCCGCUCAAUACAACCAGCAGCAGCCCUACUAUCAAAAUGCACAGCCCUACUACAACAACAGCAACAAUCCGCCGCCAGCCUAUACACCCCCGCCGAACCAGGGAUACUACGGAGGACCACAGGCUGCUCCGUAUGGGAACAAUGAUGUGGAAUUGCAACAGCCGCAGAGCACCUAUGGGGGAUAUAGAGGUCAAGAGGCAGGGGUGUAUGAGCCACCCAAGGGUCCUCCACCGGCGAAAUAGAGAUGGGCCGCUUACUUGACUAUGGUGUUAAUGGAGGGGAAGGAGUACUGGCGAGGGCAGACUGGGACAGGAUAAGACACCCCUUGUGUAGCAUUGGAUUUUUCACUUUUCGCGAGGAAAGGAACAUACUUCUUCAUCGAAGGUGCGGCGAAUAUCUGAUCUGCUUCCAGCGUAUGAAAACGUGGCAUACUCGUACC